CAUUGGAUCUUCGGAGAUGCACGGUCGGAUAAUUGGCCUAGCGUUUGCUAUCUCCUAUCCCAUUCUUGGAGCCAUCGGUGUCCCCGCUAAUGUAACAGCAAUAGUUAUCCUAUCGCGAGGAAAGUGUGGUCUCUCUAAAUGCAUAACUCGUUAUCUGGUAGCCAUGGCUGUGUCAGAUCUGCUGGUCACCAUCAUAGGUGUGAUAUUGAAUAGAAUCAAUGGCCUUUUCUUCCCUUACAGUUUCCUGUACAUUACUCCACUGUGUACUCUCAGAUCCUUCUUGCUGUUCGUAGCCAGAGACAGUUCGGUCUGGAUUACAAUUGCUUUCACCUUUGAUCGCUACGUGACUAUUUGUUGUCAGAAGCUGAAAAGAAAAUACUGCACUGAAAAAUGUGCUACUACAGUUAUACUAACUGUCUGUGUACUGUUUUGCUUAAAAAACAUCCCCUGGUGCUUUGCAUUUAGACCUAGCUAUAUAGUGAAUGGUAUAUCGUGGUAUUGUAACUUAAUACCGGAAUAUUACACUUCACAGAUAUGGAUAGCUUUUGAUUUGACUGACACACUGUUAGGCUCAUUUGUUGCAUUUGUUGUGAUUUUGCUGCUCAAUGCCCUGACUGGCAAGUACAUUUUAGUAGCUAGUAGAGUUCGUUGGAAACUCCGGGCUAAUUGCAGUGGUGAGACUAACCAUGACCCAGAGUGGGAAAACAGAAGAAAUUCCAUUAUAUUACUCUUUUCUAUAAGUGGGAGUUUUAUCUUAUUGUGGAUGCCGUAUCUUAUAGUUUUUGUGUAUAUGCAAAUUGCAAACCAUAAUUCUUCCUCAGGUUCAAAUUCCCCUUUGUAUAUUGCUCAAGAAGUGGCUUUCUUGCUUCAGCUCCUUAGCUGCUGCACCAACACCUGUAUUUAUGCAGUGACCCAGAGGAAAUUCAGAGAAGAGUUGAAGAAUGGGAUCAGAUAUGCACGAAAAUUCACUGAAAAAUUGUUUACAUCAUGAAAAUAUAAUCUUUACGACUGUAUUGCAAAAGUGAGAUCAUAUAAAUGUAAAGAAAAAUACAACAGUGCAAAUAAAUAUUUAAAUCUAACAGAUAGGGAUAGACAAGAGAGGAUUAGAAACAUUAGAAAUUGCACCAAAAGUGGGCCAGACAAUCUGCCCGAAGAAAUGUAAGCUGGAAAUGAACAUUGCAGAAAGACUGUUCUGAGGAAGUAAAACUUGCCAGAACUACCAAGAAAAUUACUAAAGCUCUUCACAAAUUCACAGAGAGAAAAGCGAUAUCUAAAGGUUAGUGAGCCUCUUAAAGAGAGAUACAUGUGAUGUUGCAAUUGAAAUCAGAAACACCAAACGUACUAACUGCUUACUUUGUAUUCGUCUUUAUGAUAGCGGAGUGAAGAUAAGGUAUGAGUCCUAUAUGGAAAGCAUAAAAUACACAAACUGGAAGGAUUAACUCAAAGUAAUUUAAGUAAACAAAAGAGUAAAGUAGAAAGAAAUGAGAUUUCAAGUUAAAUAAAUUUCCAGGGCCACAACAUUUCCCAGAGAACAGCAAAAAGCAGGUGAUGAAAUUGUAGAUACUUUACUCAUCACUUUCCUAAAUUCUUUCAAUUCAGGAAUUGUUAUUUCAAAUUAACAAAUAUUAAACAAGGGUAGCAAACAUGAACUCCAUAAUUAUAUCGUAUCAGUGCAGCACAGUCAACAGAAUAGUGACUGGUCAGAGAAUAUCAGCUGGUCAGAGAGCAUGAGUAUGGAUUGUAAUGGGUAGCUCAUAUCAAACAAUUAAGUUGACUUGAAACAAACAAAAACAGAAAUUUAGCAGGUGUGGCAGCAUCUGUGGGAAGAAAGCAGAGUUAAUAUUUUGAGUCUGGUGACUGUUCAUCAGACCUAUUUGUUUUAGUCAAGUUGACUUCUUUGAAGCAGUUAAAUAAUAUGGUGCUUAAGGAAGUUUUCAUAGAAUCCCUAGAGUGUGGAAACAGGCCCUUCAGCCCAACAAGUCCACACCAACUUUCAGACAUCCCGCCC